GCAGCUCUUGCAACCUGCAAAUUUUGUCACAGCUACAAUGGGAAAGAAGCCGAAAGCCAAAGCGGAGAAAGCUGAGCCGAAGGAUCCUGCUCCAGCGGAUGCUGCAGACCCCUGGUUGUGUCCUGAAUGCGAGCAGGAUAACCCCUGCGAGGAGGCUGCGUGCAUCGCCUGUGAGGCUCCCAAGCCUGCGGGCGCUGCAGAUGCAAAGUUUGAGAACUUUGUGGUAGCUUUGGUGCAAAGCUGCGAAGCAGUACCUGGCAAGGACAAGCUGAAAAAGCUGGAGGUAGAUGUUGGAGGAGAGGUCUUGAAGAUCGUCACGAAUGCCUCUAACGUGAAGGACGGAAGUCGCGUGGUGGUUGCCAAGGUGGGCGCCAUCAUUGACGGCGAGCCGCUGAAGAAAAGCGUCGUGGGCGGGUGCCCCUCUGAGGGCAUGUUGUGUGACAGCACUAUGCUUGGGUGGUCGGGCGGUGGUUCUGGUGCAGCCUUGCUGCCGGACAGCUUUGCUCUGGGUGCUCCGCCACCCGACGCCCGGCCGCGCACCGAUGGCAAGUGAGCGGACCAGUGGCGAGUCGUGACCAGAAA